AUGAGGACGGACGCCCUCCUAGGAUUGAUGCCCAAUCUCCGAGGUCCGAGGGUCGGUGCAAAGCGCGCGUACGCCUACGUGGUAAUGGCUGGGGCUCUGUAUGGAGCUCCAGUCUGGUUCCGCGAAGCGCUGGCCAGCCGCCGCAUACGCGAGACGUUGCACGCUGUGCAGCGGCGGUUGGCGCGUAGAAUAGUGCGCGCGUAUCGCAUCGCUUCUAGCGCGGCGACCAUGAUCCUGGCAAGUCUCCCCCCGGCAGAAUUUACGGCCGACGCUCUGGCCUGGUGCUACGCCAGAGCAAAAGUCGUCCGCCUGCAGAGAGGGAGGGAGGUGGUUACCCCCAGGGUCGCCGCGCUACUACGGGAACGAGUACGCCGUCGGGCGAUGGACACUUGGCAAGAGAAUCUCGCCAAUGACCCGCCGGCGGCAGGAUCUCGAAUCUUGAAGGCCAUCCUACCCUACUUGGACAAAUGGGUGGGCCGCCCCUGGGCGGCCGAUCCUACCGGACGACACAGGUGCUCAUCGGACAUGGAUUCGCAGGAAGUCUGCCUAGCGUGGAACAAGUUGUGCGGAGUCCUGAGAGCAGAAAUUGGUGACGAUCUUUUCCUGCGGGCCAUCAUCACCCAGAUGGUCCGCAGGGAGAGCACAUGGAUCGCAGUCUCCUCUUUUUGCGAGCAGGUUAUGCGGCAGAAGGUGGAAGCCAAAAAACAACGGGGGAGGAGGCCGGGGAGACGCAUGCCCUUCAGCGACAACAACGACAACAGGGGCGGUGGGGACGGGGACCAUGACCAACCCUGGCUCUCGCCCCAGCCGCCCAGAAAAAGAAGAAAGCUUGCCCCCCGCCCCCCGGGCCCUUGA